ACUGCUGUCACUCGGUGGCAAACCAGCCGAAGGAAGCGGAGGAGACCCAGCAAAGGAAGGUGCAGGAAAGAAACAAGCAAAACAAGCAACAUGUCUCUGUCUAACAAACUCACCCUGGACAAGGUGGAUGUCAAGGGAAAGCGUGUCAUCAUGAGGGUUGAUUUCAAUGUCCCAAUGAAGGACAAGCACAUCACAAACAACCAGAGGAUCAAGGCUGCCGUUCCCACCAUCAAGCACUGCCUGGAUCACGGCGCCAAGUCUGUCGUCCUGAUGAGCCAUCUGGGCCGCCCCGAUGGAAACUUCGUGCCCGAGAAGUACUCCCUGGAGGCCGUCGCUGCCGAGCUCAAGAACCUGCUGGGGAAGGACGUUAAAUUCAUGAAGGACUGUGUUGGUAAAGACGUUGAAGCUGCUUGCGCUAACCCUGCUGCCGGCUCCGUCAUCCUGCUGGAGAACCUCCGCUUCCACGUCGCAGAGGAAGGAAAGGGCAAAGAUGCCUCCGGAAACAAGACCAAGGCCACCCAGGAGCAGAUUGACUCCUUCAGGGCAUCUCUGUCCAAACUGGGAGACGUCUACGUCAAUGAUGCCUUCGGCACAGCUCACAGAGCCCACAGCUCCAUGGUUGGAGUGAAUCUGCCACAGAAGGCAGCUGGUUUCCUGAUGAAGAAGGAGCUCGACUACUUCGCCAUGGCUCUGGAGAAGCCUCAGAAGCCCUUCCUGGCCAUCCUCGGAGGAGCGAAGGUGAAAGAUAAGAUCCAGCUGAUCAACAACAUGUUGGAUAAGGUCAAUGAGAUGAUCAUCGGCGGCGGCAUGGCCUUCACCUUCCUCAAAGUCCUCAACAACAUGGAGAUCGGUAACUCCCUGUACGACGAGGAGGGAGCCGGCAUCGUCAAGGACCUGAUGGCCAAAGCUGAGAAGAACGGCGUCAAGAUCACACUGCCCGUCGACUUCGUCACCGCUGACAAGUUUGAUGAGAAAGCUGCUACCGGCACUGCAACCGUCGCUGCUGGCAUCCCCGCCGGCUGGAUGGGUUUGGACUGCGGACCAGAGAGCUGCAAGGCCUUCACAGCAGCCGUCGGCAGGGCCAAGCAGAUUGUGUGGAACGGCCCAGUCGGUGUGUUUGAGUGGGAUCACUUUGCCAAGGGGACAAAGAGCCUGAUGGACAAAGUGGUCGAGGUGACCAAAGCAGGCUGCAUCACAAUUAUCGGUGGGGGCGACACUGCCACCUGCUGCGCCAAGUGGAACACAGAAGACAAGGUCAGCCACGUCAGCACAGGAGGCGGCGCCAGCCUGGAGCUGCUGGAGGGUAAAGUCCUGCCUGGUGUGGAUGCCCUGAGCAACGUCUAAACUUCCCAUCAGCCCGCUGUGUGUGUGUGUGAGAGAGAGAGUGUGUGUGUGUUUGCGUGCGUGUAUGAGAGGUGGGUAGCGACUAAGCCAGACUCCUGUUUACUCCUUAAACCCUGCAAAAAAAAAAAAACACACCCUGCUUUACCAGCUCAGUCUUUGUGAAAUAAUGCCAGUUGUGAUUCAUGGGAGAACAAGUUCCUUUGCCUCAGAUCAAUCAAUGCUGUCUGUAACAAGUAGAUCCUUCUGCCUUAUUUCAACACGCUGAUGAAUUCAAGUCAAACUGCUGGAAAUAAGAGAAUCAUGACCUGUUGAUGGAUGAAUAGGGGGAAAAAAAUGGAUGAAAUGGCUUGUUAAGGUGGAAGUUUUUCCUGUUGACCUGCUGAAUGGACGGCUGAAACACAGCAGACACUGCCGUCACCUGAAUCUGAGUUCAGACAGCAGAUGGCUUCACUUCUGUGCCUGGCGUCGCUCAGACAUGUCAGGAUCUCUGCUGUGUUGAGCCGUCAGCGUUCACCUCCAGCCGUUCACCCAUGAGAUACUUAAACACUGGCUCUUAUGUAUGUAUGUAUGUAUGUGUGUGUGUGUGUGUAUGAAUGUGUGUAUCGCUGCAUCACUUUUUUCCACCCUGGAAACAUCACAGCACCACUCUCGAGCGUGUUCACAUACAGUAUAUAUAUAAAUAUAUAUAUAUAAAAACGGUUAAUGUGGUGUGUACGUAUUUACUGUAGAUGUUCUCUGUUCACACUAACUUCGGCUCUGGUCAUCUGUCUUUUCUGGCUGUUGGUUUCCGAGCGGCUUCAGACUGAGACGUGUCGUUCUCAGCUGAUCUGUUCGGGCUAAUAAAACCGUCUGCGUAAAACUUA